AUUGCAAGGUGGGGCAGAGGGCGGAAGCUCCAAAGUCAUAUGAUCGAUUUGUGAUAGCUCUCGCCGUUCACCUAUCACACGCAAAGAUGGCCAGCCAGACGCAGGGUAUUCAGCAGCUUCUGACCGCCGAGAAGCGCGCUGCGGAAAAGGUCUCGGAUGCUCGAAAACGUAAAGCACGUCGUCUGAAGCAGGCUAAAGAAGAAGCUCAGGAUGAAAUUGAGAAAUAUCGGCAGGAACGAGAGAAACAAUUUCGUGAGUUUGAAGCCAAACAUAUGGGUUCAAAAGAAGAUGUAGCUGCACGCAUCGAGGCAGAUACACGAAUCAAGAUAGAAGAAAUGAAUCAGACCGUUGCUGUGCAUAAAAACGCGGUCAUGCUUAAGAUUUUGGACUUGGUGUAUGAUAUCAAGCCAGAAUUGCACAACAAUUAUCGCAUUGAGCUCUAAGCCACAGGAAUUGCAUCUAAUUGUUAUAAAUAAUAUAAUAUUAAUGCUAUAUAUAAAUGUAUACAUUAAAUAUUACUGUUUACUUAUACUAUAUCUUAAUAACGUAUUUAUCGCUAUUAUAUCACAUAUGACAUGUAGUUGGAGUAACUGUAUACAAUGUAGCUUUAGAUAGUGAUACUCAAACUAUUACUAGAAUAUUUUCUCCGUAAUUGUUACACGACAAUAAAUGUGUCCAUAUUGUUAUUAACUUAACUGAGCUUUUUUGUCGCCAUGUGUUUGAAUAGUUUGAGAAUUGCUGUAUAACAUAAAAAAAGAAAAAAAUGAAUAUGGAGUAUCGUCCGAUGUGUCAUGGCCUAGACACAUCGGAACGAUAUAUUAUUAUCCAAGAUAGAUAUGGCUAAAGUGAUCUAGGGUGAUGGUAAAGAAUUCUAUGUUGUUAUAAAUGUAUAUAUAUAUUAGAUGUCAUUCCAUGAUUUCUGUCGCAUCGAGGACACGACACUUAACAAGAUUUUUAUCUACAGCUUUUUGCGGUUUACGGACGCGCUCCCAGUCGAUAGUGAACCAUAUAUAACGUUGUAGCAAUAUUUAAACCCAUUUUAUCUUUUAAAGUUAUUGUAUGACCUUCCGAAAUGAGAUUUUGUCUCAUACACACACACAAACAAACACAUUCUGUCUGUAUAAGUUGAUUGAUUGUACAGUAUUAUAUAGUGUCAAAAAUAAAUAAGAAGAAAAUUAAAUCCUAAA